AUGGUGGUUCGGGAGACGUUUUACAAAAGGGAGACUCCGAGUUUAUUUGUGGUAGGAGGAGAGACGGCGAAUGAAACGGACUACGAAGGUAUCAUGUAUGUGGCUGUGGCGAAACUCGGAGACGUCCAAGACUUGUUUCGGGAGUGGGAGCCGGUGGCGCCGCAGGCGGACUGUUUUGAAGCACUCCUGUUGGCAGUCAACCUCUUGGCACAAAGCGACACCGGGGAGCAGGGGGGGUCGUCAACAUAUGACCCUCUUGGCGCGAAGAGCAUUGUGGUGCUGGGUCAACGCGGUAUGACAUGGAACGACGACGAGGGGUCGGAGGAAGCGAUUUCUCUGAUCCAAAGGCAUGGAAUCUGUAUAUCGUUUAUUUCAGAUGAGGUGGGUGGAGAAGAUGAAGACGAAGGAAAUGCAGAUGAAGGAAAUGCAGGUGAAGGAAAUGCAGGUAAUGAAGCGGGGUCCCGGUCACGACCGUGGGAAUUGUUACAGGAGUCAUUGGGGCUAGAUAUGUGCAGAGUGUGGAGUGCACAUGACUGGUUUUUGGAGGUUAUGCUGAAGCCGGAUAUCACGAAGGUCAAGCCCACUACCACCUGUCGAUUGCCUUUAGAGAUUGGCGAGUUGAAAAUACCUGGUUACGUUUACUUGUGCUGCAAGAGUAAUGCUCCUCCGUCUCUGAAAAAAGGGACUAGGACGAUGGACGAAGCAGAAGCUUCUCAGACAGGGGCGGAAAUUGCGCCGGUCGUCCAAAGCCGCGUUGCGUUCGCUGAGGACGAGGCGGGGCUGGCAUCAGAGCAGGAUAAGGAAGAGAUUAUCAGCGCAUACUUGUACGGCGAUAAACUUAUACCGUUAGGAGAAAUCGACAAGGAUCUGCCGGCGUUACCACCGGAAGACAAGGCGUUGAAGCUAGUACAUACUGUCACAGAAGAAGCGUAUGAGUCCUUCUUUAUUUUUGGAAGCACUUCCUUUCUUGUGCCUGAUCCCUCCAUUCCGAAUAGUCUUGUGGGCUACAAGUUCUUGGCCGACGCACUGAGGAAAAGUCACCUAGGCAUCGUAGCGCGUUUGAAAUCCAGGUCCAACUACCCACCAAAGCUGGUCUUACUUACACCCCUGACCCGUCCUGACAAGCGCACACGUGUGCGCAGGCAUGCGCCCACUGAACAGGGCAAUACGAACAGCUCGAAUAUAGAUCCCCGAUUAUCAGACGACGACUGGAGACUGGACUGCUGUUUAAUAAUGAACAAUCUCCCAUUCAGGGAGGAUAUCAGAAACUACGGGUUCAUUUCUCAUCCCAUUGUAGCGAAUCGAAAUCGUUUAGACGCGGCCAUAGAACUCAUUCAGAAUAAUAAGCUCGAAUCGAACACACCUCUAGUCUGGAACCCUACUAUGAGGAAUUUUGUGCAACAUCUCAUCUUUAGUAUAGCUACAGAUAACCAACAAGUAUCUGGAGACGACCAACUAUAUCAUCUUCCAAAACGAUCUUUGGAGAUACCGAAACAGUUUAUGCAGCAUUUCCAGCUCUCGAACAAGAGAUCUAGGGCUGAAGAAAAACAGAAGGUGUGGAAGCAGGCUGUUACCAAUACUGUGUCUCUAAAUGAACUGUUUGAUACUGUUAUAGAAGACAUUCAAUUCGACAGUGCGGAUCCUGUAAAGUCACUCAAUGAGUUGGCCGGCAGGUAUAAGUCGAAUACGGAUCAAAUGAAGAGAAUAAUCAGCCAGUUUGGGGACGUCAUUGUUGAGGAUAUGCUCGUAUGUCGUGGGGCAAAUUUCCCCAAAUUUAUUUCGGCAUUCUCAUCAAUCGGUCACCAAGAGAACAGUGCUGUGGCAGAUGAGUAUAACUCGGUAUUGGAACAAAUUGUAUCAGUCGUGAAGCUUAAUCGGAAUGUAUUCUCUGACAUCGAGUCUGAAAUAACGAACGAGCUAUUCAUUAUCAAUGACCACAUGCCGGAAGAAAAAAUUGUGCAACUCAUAAAGGAACUCAAGACGGCUCCAAAGGAGCUGGUUACACUACCAACUCAGUCUACUCAGGAAGUGCAAAGCGGGGAACCUGUAUUUGAAGAUGACGAAUUCGACGAUCUGGAGUAG